UGCCGGAGCCGCCAGCACCGCCAUGGUCAACCUGGGGCUGCGGCGGGUGGAGGACAGCGUGGCUGCCAAGCACCCGGCGCUGCAGCAGUACGCGGCCUGCCAGUCCCACGCCUUCAUGAAGGGCAUCGGUGCCUUCCUGGCAGGCAGCGGAGCCGCCUUCGCCGUGCAGAAGCUGGUGAACAAGAAGCUGCCGUACAGCCUGCAGUGGAGCCUGCUGCUGGCCGGGGCCACAGGGUCCCUCGCCAGCUACGUGGUAACCAGAGCUGAGACGCAGAAAUGCUCCGACUUCUGGAUUUACCUGGAGACGGGCAAGUCCCCACAGGAACUUGCCAUGGCUGGUAGGGUGUCUCAGCCUGCAGAAAAUCUGCCCAGCCCAGAAGACGGAGAGAGCGUGGCACCGCCGGUGAGGAGGAACAAGUACGGGGACGUUGUGGAAUAGCUAACAGAGCACAGCGCGCCAUGCCCGUGUCCUGCUUCGCCCCUUCCUGCCUGCCCAGGCUGCCUGUGCUGCCGGUGAGCCUGGUGGGCUCUGCAGCGCUGCCGGGGAGCUCGGAUGAGUCAAUCCUGCAGUGGGAGUGUGGUGGAGGCACCGUAUCCCAGGUGGCCUCUAAACUUCACACGUGGGGGGCACAAUAAAAGUCACGAGCUGAAAGCGCUCGUUGUGGACAAAGCAAAGGCUGGUGGUGGGACAGGAAGAGCUGGGAUGCAGGUGGUAAAUGUCACCCUGAGCCAACCUCUGCAGUAAAUGUUGGAGCAGAGCGCUCUUGUCCUUCUGAGGCCAUGGCACCCACAGUCUGACUGGGUGUGAAGUGACUGCAGGCGUGGACGGGUCUGGGCUAAGCUGUGAGAGGGCAGAGCUGCUGCUGUGUGCUCUCUUUCUUGAGCCUAACCAGUCACAGUGUCCCUGCCCCUGCAGCAGCAAGGCUUUUCUCACCCGCCGGAACGGGUCUGAGCCGAGUCCUGCAGCUGCACGGCCUCUGGGGAUGUCCUCUCUGCCCCCCAAAGAGGUGCACGUGUGCCCAGAGCCCCUCUGUGCAGUGCCCACCUUGCUCUCGGGGCACGUCACCCGCCCAGUCCCAGACUCUCCGUCUGGGUCCGUAACCAGGCGACAAGGGAACGGUACUGUCUCAAAUCCUACACAUCGAGAGGGGCACAUGUGAAGAUUAAAAGGCCUCUUUUACUUCAUUUUUUCCUAAUGGCUGACUCCAAAUCAUGCUUAGGGCAAACCGGCUGCACUUGGUGGAUGGCCAGCUCUGAUUCAGGGGCAGCUGAAUUUCUUAGGAGGGGAAACCCAGCCUGGGUUCUGGAAGCUAGCUGGUUUCUUGGAGCAGAGCAGCAGCGUUUCGGCUUCAGAGACCAGAAACGCUUCCUUCCGUGUGAGAGCUGGAGACCGUCCCGGAGCCUCGCCACGGGAGGGAGUCCCUGUGCUGGGGAGAUGAGAGGCCUGGGGAGGAAACUGGGUUUGGGGCCUCAGGACAUCAUCUGAACUGGAAUUGCACUCGAGCUGUGCAGAGAGAUGGGGAGCAGCCACCAGGCCAGAUAAAAGCAAAGAGGCUGUGGGGAACGGGCGGGUUAAGCCAAGCACAGCGCAGCGGGAGCUCGGCCGGAGCGGGGAGCAGAGCUCGUGCCGCCGAUGAGAACAAGGAGGGCGGCGAGAAACUGCAGCUCCCGCUGGAGCCGCUCCUCUCCUGGGGCGUGUGGGGGGAUGCGGCGGGGCGAGAGGCUCUUUCCACGUGGGGCUGAUGAGUGGGGACUGGCCCCGUGCGGCUGGCUGCGUGCCACGGUGGUUCUGAGCUGCCGGCGACUGCACGAACAAAUUGCCAACCCUGCGGGCUGCUCUCCUGCCCUGCGUGGCUACCAGACCCGGUCUCCCGGGAGCAGAGCCUCCCCACACGUGUUCCUUGCACGGAGGCUGUGGCCGUGAGCACAGCGGUGAAUGCACGGGGCAGAGUCG